UCCGCUCGGGACUCUCCCCAUGUAUAUAUGGGAUUUUACCCAAAAAAUAAAAUAAAAAUUAGGUCCCUAGUGGCCAUAUUUUUCUUUUACCGAAAAAAAAAAAAAAAUUGGAGUGAGAUCCCAUCCCACACCGCAACGAUCCAUUGCCCUAUUUUGUACCUCUUGAGUUGGUUAUGGUUCUAGUUGUAGUGGCUUGCACUCUGUACUAGCGGGUCUGUCAGCAACGCUCAUCGUCUCGUCUCUCCGGUUGGUUUCAAUUUCUAAGCAGCAAAGCUCGAGACUACUCGGAUUGGCACGGUUAGAAUACCCUAAAAACCUCCCCGGUGAUUAUUGGUUUUUAAGGGAUUACUUUUCAAAAAGAUGGUUGAGCUUCUUUUCGAAGAUAUUUUUACUGUGACUCGGUUGGAUCCAGAUGGUAAAAAGUUUGACAAAGGUGAUCACUGAUCAGAUUUGGGAAGGUGAGGACUGGUGCAAGUUCUUGUCAAAGAGCGAAUCAAAUUGAUGGAGCCCUAAUUGUUUCAUUCAUUAUUUACAAAAGAAACGAUGCCACUCCUAAAGCCACCGCUCCCAAGGCUCCUCCUCAACAAUGUCUCCUGCAUGCGAAACGCCCAGAUGGUCCUUAAAAACAUAAACGUCUCCGUCCACGAUGGCACGGCCUUAGUUCUAACAGGCGCAAAUGGCGCUGGCAAAUCCACAUUCCUUCGCAUGCUUGCAGGUUUCUCAAAACCUUCAGCAGGUGAGAUCCUCUGGAACGGCCAUGACAUCACUGACUCAGGUGUGUUCCAACAGUACAAGCUCCAGCUCAAUUGGGUUUCCCUCAAGGAUGCCAUCAAAGAAAGGCUCACUGUCCUUGAAAAUGUCCAGUGGUUUGAAGUCCUCGAAGGGAAGUCUGGCAAGGCCUUGCCUUCUCUUGAGUUCAUGGGUCUUGGGAGGCUUGCUAAUGAGAAAUCAAGGAUGCUUUCAAUGGGGCAGCGUAAGCGGCUUCAGCUUGCGAGGUUGCUUGCAAUUGAUCGACCCAUUUGGUUGCUGGAUGAGCCCUCAGUCGCUUUGGAUGUUGAAGGGGUGAAGCUUCUUGAAUACAUUAUAGCUGAGCAUCGAAAGAAGGGAGGUAUUGUGUUUGUGGCUACUCAUUUGCCGAUCGAGAUUGAGGAUGCGAUGAUUUUGAGGUUGCCGCAGAGAUUCCCACGACGGAAAACCAUGGUUGAUCUGCUCGAUUGAGGGGAGAUAUCUGUUCGACACUUCGACAUUGAUGCUAGGUUAGGAAGUCGAGAAAAUAAACCCUGAAAAAUAGUAGUAGAAGAAGAAGAAUAGGAUCGGGCUCAACCUUAGCCCGACCGCUCUAACUCAGAGCCUGAGAUAUUUCAGCCUAUGUUCUAUUUGGGCUCAAGGUAGGCUAGAGUGAGCUUGGGCUGAUAGGGCCAAAUUUGCACCCUUACUAUAGAUUUAGUAAGGCUUUCUUGGCUCUUCACAUUUUUCUGGUGUUUGGUAGUCUUGGUACCCGACUAAAGAUAGACUUUUAAAAUUUUGAACUUUGCAUUGGUUUUCAUGCAA